CCAGCCGGAAGAAACUGGAAAAUUGAGUGACCUACUAGAAGGAGAUAUGCUUGUUUUUGCCAAGGUCUCUCCUCAACUGACUAUUUAAAGGGAGGCGCUCUAGCUUGACCGGCAUCAUUCCUCCUCACCUCCUCGCCUAAGAGACAUUAAGCCAACGAUCACCCCAAGAUGUACAAGCUCCUGAUCUUCCCAAUUUUGGCCGCCGUGGCCAUGGCCCAGGUCCAGAACCCAGCCCUGGCUCCCCUGACCCGCCUCAGCAUCCAGGACAUCGAGCAGGUCAUGCAGGAUUCAGGAAGGGUCAAGUUCAUCGUGACCUGCCUCUUGGCCAAGAAGCCCUGCCCUGAGGAUCCAUUGGCUGAUCCUGUCCAGGUUCUGGUCAGGGGCUGGGCCGACUCCAAGACCAUCUGCGGAGACUGCUCCCACGACGACCAGCGCAAGACCAGGACCAUGAUCUCCAUCCUCCAGCAGAGGUACAGAGACGACUACAACAACGUCGCCAAGGCCUACGGACUCGCUUAAACGCCCGGGGCGCCUUGUUUACCAAAGACCAAACAAUCAAGCAGAGGUCUGUCAACGCCCAGUUGAAAUGAUGUCCCUAAAUCAUUUUUUUUUUUUUUUUUGAUAGGGCGCCACUUUCAUGAACGGUUCUUCUCUCCCACAACUCUCCUCCUUCCUUCUUGAUUAGCCGUUUUUGACGUUUUAACUUGUUAUUUGUUGUUUGUUUGUUUGGGCCUUGUGAAAUUCACGCAGUCGACUUCUAUCGUUGCAAAUCUAAAGAUCACAGAAUGUAUUUCAUCUCAUGUUAGUAAUUACAAUCUGGAAUCCCGAGGUUUGUAACCGGGCGGAGGUCGAGUGCUUGAACGCACGGGCAAAAAUAUUCAAUUGUCGGCUGAAGAAUUUAGGUAUUUUAUAGUCAUUGGGAACAAUCGGUGAUUUAUUGUUAUCUUCCUCUUUCCUAGUUGUGGAUAGACCCAUUUCUAUAUCUAAUAUAUAUGAAAUAAAACUAAAUCUUCUAAUAA